AUGAAUGAGCCUGGCCUAGGUAUAAAUACAAAUCCAUUGAGAAAUCUGCUCGCCUCCAUCAAGAUUUUGACGUUCUCUCUCGCAGAAGAUGAAGAGACCUCACUAGACGACCUCUAUAGAGACCUCUUUCAAGGAUCUUCUCCGACCAACCAAGGUCAUUUUGGUACGUGUAAGUGUGUCAUUUGGGGCCAUAAUCUUUGUUUCAAUUUUAUUGGGACCAUACUGUGCAGAGACCUCUUCAGUUCUCUUCUCUCUGACCAAAGGUUCACUGCUUCAGAUGAAGUAUGGGACGAUUACCUAAAGGCUCACCCAAACGAUACCAACUUACGCUAUGGGAUAUUUCAAGAUUAUGAGGACUUGGAGAUUGCUAUUGGGAAUGGUGUUGCUGUUGGGAAAAACUCAAUCGGGUUGGGUGGUGCUACCGAUGCAAGAACAUUAGGUGUUGGAGAAGGUAGAGAUAUACGCAUAGAAGACUUUGAUUAUGAUGUAGAUAGUGAUGUGUUUGUAAGACCAAAUCAGAAUGAUCGAUCAUUUCGCUCCACAUCACCUCUAGGGUCCCCUGAAAUUUUAGAGGUUCCCAAGCAAGGAAGAACCCAAAACAAAAGAAAUAGAACCGAGUAUGAAGGAAACACUCCUCAAAGUGGCAUUAUGGAACAACUUAAUAAAAUUUCGACCACUUUUGAAUGAGUUUAUAGCCUAUUGGAGAAAAGAGAAAGAGUAUUGGAGAAAAGAGAAAGGGAGAGAGAAUAUACAACUUGGGAUGCUAUCAAGGAGAUCCCAAACUUGGAAGAAGCUAUUCGUUUCAAGGCGCUUGAGUUGCUUGACACCCAAACAAAAAAAGAUGGUUUCCUGAAGAUGUCUCCUGAAGAACGAGCAAAUUGGAUAUUCCACAAGAUGCGAGAACUCUAAUUAUUUGAGUCAUGUAUUUGGUCUUUUGAGUUAUUUUGAGUAUUUUAUAUUUUGUUGGGAAUCUGGAUUACAUUUGGUCUUUUGAGUUAUUUUGAGUACUUUUGGUUUAAACUAUUGUAUGACUUUUGUUAUUUUGU